CACUCUCAAGAUGGCGUCUUGCGCUCAAGAUUUCGAGCUGGGAGCCGCCAUACUGCCUCCUGAACAAAGGCCCGUAAGAUGCGGACCGGGCGAAAUCGUCCCCGAACUGAGCAGCGCAGGCCCCGGAGCCCCGCGCUGGCUCUCCGACGGGAAGCCGGAGAGUCCACUUGUAUGGACGUGACCGCCGUUCCCGUUAAGCCGUGAUGGGCGUCUGGGGACCCGAUUGUCGAGCCGAGGGGACCAGUGUGCGGGGAUGAGUGAGUCUAUGGGAGAUCUGUUUUGAUACAGCCCAGGAUACACAAUAUAAAACAGUCUCUCUGUCAUGGGAGCCACCACUUCCUCUGCACCAGUUCAACUUUGUCCACCAGACUCAUCCUGGGACUGAGAAAAAUUUACCAGGCAUCUGCCUUUUUGGAAGAGAGCAGAAAAUGAUGAAGUCCUGGGGGUUAGUAUCAUUCAAGGAUGUGGCUGUGGAUUUUACCCAGGAAGAGUGGCAGCAACUGGACCCUGCUCAGAGGACCCUGUACAGGGAUGUGAUGCUGGAGAACUACAACCACCUGGUCUCGAUGGGCUAUCCAGUUUCCAAACCAGAUGUCAUUUCCAAGUUGGAACAAGGAGAAGAUCCAUGGAUCCUAAAGAGAGACAUAUCAAAUUGGAUCUAUCAAGAUGAAAACCAGGCAGAUGGGACACAAGACAGGAAGAGUAACCUUCACAAUGCCCAAUCUUGUAUUUUGGGGACUGUUUCCUUUCUUAAUAAGACACUGAAAGGAAUAAAAAAAGAUGAUUCAUUGUAUUCCAUUUUAAAAGUCUGCCAAGGUGAUGGCCAGCUACAGAGAUGUGAGGAAAACCAAGACAAACUUUUCAGGCAAGUCACAUUCAUCAACAAUAAAACAGUGACUGGCACCUCAAACCAUAAAAGAUUUCAAGAGUGCAUAAGACCAGAUAUAGCAAGACAAAAACUCUAUAAAUAUGAUACAUUUAAAAAGAACUUAAAACCAAAUGUUGACCUAUCUAGUUGUAAAACAAGUGAUUCAAGAAAAAACCUUGAAGAAAGUUUUGGGUGUGAAAAAUCAUCUAGCCACAAUGCAUCCAAUUUUAAUCUUGAGAAAAUUCACAAUGGACUAAUACCCUGUGUUGAUAAUCAGUGUAGAAACAUUUUCAGCAAUAAACAAUCCAUUAUUCAGUAUCAGAGUAUUGAAACGAGGGAGAAAACCUGUGUAUGUAUUACAUGUGGAAAAGCCUUUGCUAAGAAGUCACAGCUCAUUGUACAUCAAAGAAUUCACACUGGAAAGAAACCAUAUGAUUGUGGUGCAUGUGGAAAAGCGUUCAGUGAGAAGUUUCAUCUCAUUGUACAUCAGAGAACUCAUACUGGGGAGAAACCUUACGAGUGUUCCGAAUGUGGAAAAGCCUUCUCUCAGAAAUCGUCCCUCAUUAUACAUCAGAGAGUUCACACUGGUGAAAAACCGUAUGAAUGUAAUGAAUGUGGGAAAGCCUUCUCCCAGAAAUCACCCCUCAUCAUACAUCAGAGAAUUCACACGGGAGAGAAACCUUAUGCGUGUCGAGAGUGUGGAAAGGCCUUCUCCCAGAAGUCACAGCUUAUUAUACAUCAUAGAGCUCACACUGGAGAGAAGCCAUAUGAAUGUACUGAAUGUGGGAAAGCCUUCUGUGAGAAGUCCCACCUCAUUAUACAUAAAAGGAUUCACACUGGUGAGAAACCCUACAAAUGUGCUCAAUGUGAGGAAGCCUUCAGCAGAAAGACAGAACUCAUUACACAUCAGUUAAUUCAUACUGGGGAGAAGCCCUAUGAAUGUACUGAAUGUGGGAAAACAUUCUCCCGGAAGUCCCAGCUCAUCAUUCAUCAGAGAACGCAUACUGGAGAGAAACCCUAUACAUGUAGCGAAUGUGGUAAAGCCUUCUGCCAGAAAUCACAUCUCAUUGGACAUCAGAGAAUUCACACAGGAGAAAAACCUUAUGUGUGUACUGAAUGUGGGAAAGCCUUCUCACAGAAGUCCCACCUCCCAGGGCAUCAGCGAAUUCAUACAGGAGAAAAACCUUAUGUAUGUGCUGAAUGUGGAAAGGCCUUUUCCCAGAAGUCAGACCUUGUUUUACAUCAGAGAAUUCAUACUGGGGAAAGGCCUUAUCAAUGUACUAUAUGUGGGAAAGCCUUCAUUCAGAAAUCCCAACUCACUGUACACCAGAAAAUUCAUGUAAAGUCAUAAUAAACUGAUCACAGAAAAAGCUUCA